AAGGCACCAACCAAUCAGGAGACGCUUCCUUUGGGGCAGCCACUCAGAGCCGCAGUUAGAUUAGCCAACCGGCGAACUCCUUUCUCUUUUCCGAGGGUGGGAGGGGACAGGGCAGCCAAUCGGGAACGAGCCAGAGUGGGGCGCAGCGGACACCCCGCCACGCUCCGGCCGCGGGGGGCGGGGCGCCGGCCGGGCCAUGCUGAUCACGCUGUGCUACCUGUACCUCUGGGCGCGCUGGGGGGCCGGCUGGGCCGCGCUCAUCCGCCGCACCGUGCGCCGCCUGCACCGCGCGCGCUGCGCCUUCGUGUUCGGUCACUGCUGCAGCGGCGGCGCGGGCUGCCCCCCUCCCCAGCGGCGGCGGCGCAGGCAGGGGUCGCCCGGGCUGGGCGAGGAGCCCGUCUGCCUCCGGCUGGGGGACAAGGUCUUCUUCACGGAGGAGACCCCGCAGUCCCUGGAUGACUUAAACAAAUGGACUCUACUUCUCAUAUCUCCUUUUAUUUAUUCUGAUAAAAUACUUGAUGCAGACCAUAUAGCAUUUGUGACUGAAAGUGUUUCUGCCAAGGCAGAUGAUUUACAGACUAGCUUCUCAAAAAAGGUUGUAAAGUGGUCAGACUAUUGUUCACCAUUGGCCUAUAAACCUGGAGAACCUUAUAAACUAAUUGCUGAAGCAAGUGUGGAUAACUUCAGUAACCUUGGAAUAGCAUUCAUGGAAGACAGACUUCAAAUGGAUAAUGGAAUGGUGCCAAGGAAGAUUGUUUCUGUCCAUUUACAGGAGUCUGCUCUAAAGGAGCUAGAGCGGAUGGCUGCACCUACAGAAGAGAAGAAUAGCACUAAUAGCGCACACAUGGAUGAAUUGACCCCUGCUCCUCCAUUUGCAACUGCAGCUCAACAAGGAUCAGUGUCAGCUGAUUCUACAGGAGGAGGUGAUCAGGAGGUGAGAGAAGAGAAAUCCAGGCUGGAGAAAAGAAGUGAGCCUCAUGAUGAGCCUAACAGCCUAUCUGAAAGGGAGACAAGUACUGGUAAACAUCACCACCUGCACCUUUCCAGCUGCCACGAAUGCUUUGAACUUGAAAACAGCACCAUUGAGUCAGUCAGAUAUGCUUCAUCAGAAAACAUUCCAGAACUUCCUGAUGAUUGCAGUGCUAGCACGGAAGAAGUUACUGAUGACUGUCUGGCAAGAGAACUAAGAAGGAUAAACCUCACUGGGAAGCCUCCCAAUGUCUUAAUUUAUGUGGGCUCUGACCCUAUGAAAAUCAAAUUUGAGAAGAUAAAAUCAGUGCUCAAGGAGUGCAUCGAUACAAACCACUACGCCAUCUACCAGCUGGUUGAGGAACAAGUUCUGAAAGCUCCCUGGCUUGAUAACUCGUUGUUGUUGGUUAUUGCCACAGAGGAACCCAUUUCUAAGGAUAAUCACAAACAGUUCCUGACCUACUUGUCAAAAGGUGGGAAGAUUUUAGGGCUUUCUGCCUCUUUUACAUUUGGCAGUAUACAGAUAAGGAGCAAAGGUGAACUGAAGAAGACCAUCCAAGAAUUAGUGUUCUAUAAAGCAGAUAACAGUGAAGUUAAAUUAAACCUUCUGACGAGUGGCAGUGUUUUUGAGCAAGAGGUUAAAGAAAAUCUCAGCCCAGUGAAGCCGUUGAGUCACUUAAAUAAUACAGAUAAAGAUAUGAUCAUUGUUUACCUGCCAUAUGGAGAUCGUGGAGGAGAAUCCAUUCUGUGUCAGAUAUACUUGGAGAUGGAUAUCGCCUCUCUGACUACACAAACCCAAGAAGAUUUUAAUUUACUCAAAAUGAGCAACGCCAAGAGAUAUGAAGUUCUUAAGGAGAUCCUGACAUUACUUGGACUGAGUUGUGAAUUAAGUGAAGUUCCUUCACUAACUCCUAUUUAUUUGCUCUCUUCUGAUGAGGAAAAUCAUAUUUCUUUUCUGAAAUGGCUUGAAAAAAAAGUAGAUGUUGAAGGAUUAAUAAAGUCCAGCAAGAUGACCCUUAAAUUUGUCUCAUCUUACAAGCCGGAGAUGGAAAUAACACAAUCUCUCAUACCAGUUGUCACUGUGGGAGGCUUCUCAUCUGAACACUUCAGCCUGCAGACAUAUCAACACAAUCUGCAAACAAAGAAGCUUGGGAAGAUUGUUCUGUUUGCUGAAGUCACAUCAACAACAAUGAAUCUUCUUGAUGGGUUGAUGUUCAAUUUGCCUCAGGAAAUGGAUUUAAUAGCGAUUGCAGUUCGACAAACACAAGGGAAAGGUCGUGGUGGAAAUGUCUGGCUCAGUCCUGUGGGAUGUGCUCUAUCAACAUUACAUGUUUCCAUUCCUUUGUGUUCCCAGCUGGGACAGAGAAUUCCUUUUAUUCAGCACCUGGUGUCCCUGGCUGUGGUGGAGUCCGUGAGAUCAGUACCUGGAUAUCAGGAUAUUGACCUGCGAGUGAAGUGGCCAAAUGAUAUUUACUACAGUGACCUCAUGAAGCUUGGUGGGGUUCUGGUAAAUUCUACACUUAUGGGAGACACAUUUCACAUACUUAUUGGCUAUGGAUUUAAUGUGAAUAAUAGCAAUCCCACCAUAUGCAUCAAUGAUCUCAUCAUGGAGUACAAUAAGAAAAAUAUGACAAAACUAAGGUCCUUAACAGUAGACUACCUGAUUGCUAGGAGUGUAACUGUGCUGGAAAGACUGAUAGACAUAUUUCAGGAAAAAGGACCUGAUGGAGUUCUUCCCUUAUAUUAUAAAUACUGGAUACAUGCUGGUAGGCAGGUCCGUCUCUGGAGUGAAGAGGGCCCAUUAGCAUGGAUAGUUGGAAUAGAUGAUUGUGGAUUCCUUCAAGUUCAUGAGGAAGGCAAAGGUGUAGAGUCUGUGCACCCAGAUGGCAACUCAUUUGACAUGCUGAAAAACCUUAUUAUCUCAAAGCAGCAGUAGACCUUAGAGUUGUUGAAAAAGUUGCUCUAAGAAGAUUGUUCUGUAUUCAGCACCUAGCAGCUGAUCUUGGCUAUACACAAUAUAUCAAACUGGAAUGAUUUGGAGGUGAAGUGUAAAAGCUACAUAUUAUAUUUUACAUUAUUGUUUCAUUUCUGUUGUGUUUUCUAGCCAGUGGCCCUAAGGACCAAUUAGUAUUUUCUAUGCGUUUUUCAUGUUGCAUAUUUUUAAGCAUAGAGGUGAGAGGUAGCUUAUGAUUAGGAGAAAUCAAUUUUUUACCAAUCUUUAGUUUCUUCUUUCUUAACAUGGAUAGCUUAGUUGAAAGUUGCUACAAAAGUUAGUGUUAUCCCAUUACUGGAGACCCGUAAUCUUUUGCUAAUUGCUAAAAAAUUCACUAAUGGUAUUGUUUGUUAUAAGCAUUUACAGUAGGGAGGUAUUUGCAAAGGAAGAUGUUAAGCUCAUCAUUAAUUCAAUAUAUUUAAGAAACUAAAAAGACUGCAUAUAUUUGUUUUUAAAAAAAUGUGUUUGAAUAAUGCAUCUAUUGUGGUUUUGCUUUGGGUAUAAGCAGUAAAAUGUUUAAAUUACUUACUAUGAAAUUUUAAAGAAAUGAGUUCUGCUUAUGUCAGCUGUGGAGGGGACAUGUGAAAGAACUCACCACACACCCAUAAGGGAAAGUGGGAAGAAUUCUGCAAGUUUAUUAAGUUAACUGUAUACUCACUGUAUACUUAUAGUUCCUCCCACCCUUUAGAAAUAAUGAGCAACUUUGCUGAUUUGGCUCGGCUCCCAGUGGGCUUCUAUAUCCUUUCAUCAUUCUGUAACUGGAUCUCUGGACUGUAGGCCCUUUGCACCUCUCUUGUGGUGGCCUUAUGCUUGGACAUCCCCACCAGCAGUGCCUGUGAACUGGGUUAAUUUAUAACCCCCAAAAUAUAGAUAUUUUCUGCUUUUCUUAGCCUGUUAACUAGCUCUGAUUCUUAGUAAACCACUCCAUGCUUCCUUGUAUCAUGGUCUUUCUUUCAAGAGCUCUUAACCCUCCACAAGAAUUGCCCACCACAUAUGCAAUUAGUGAAUCACUUAGUUGUCAUCCCCUAUGCUAUUGGCCAUCAAAUACUCAGUCCAAGAAUUGAUAUCAGUGUUGACUGUACUUCACUCAAUCCCUGAGAGGUGAACCCCAUCCAAAUGAUGAAAUAAGAGAAGGAACCUUGUUCUUAAUGUCUCCUUUGCUAGCAACUAUUCCAGUGAGAAAAGCACAAUGAGGGGGCCUCUGUUCCAACCAUCUCUCUAAAAUCUCUUUUAUUGUACUUUCAUACUAUUUCCCAAAGCAAGCCUCCUAUUGUGGUGUUAAUAAUUGAACCCAAGGGAUUUAAGGAUUGUUUAUUUGAAAGUGUCCUGCAGUCCAGCCUCCAAACUUACCUAAUUGCUGUAGAGGUUGGGUCAGAUACAGUAGAUAAGACAGUAUGUGGCUGGAGGGCAUAGGUGAGAAGCUGAACUUGAGCUCCCAACUGCACAUAUAUGCUUUCAGGUUCUUCUCCUGGACCAGUCCAAUUUUCAUGUACAGCCUGGUCACCUGAGCAAUGGACCUCAAGCCAAUCACCACACAUCAAUAGAUGUCAGGUGUGACCUGGCCAAUAGCCAGCUAUGUCUCCUAAUGUGGACUGCCAUUGGUUAUUACUACACCCUUCCCUGAGGAAGCUUGGCUUAACCAAGUGGGUUCUCAUAAAUACAUUCCUGUCUUCUAGCCAGAAAUGGAAUUUAUGGGUUAAAGUUCACUUCAUAAAUAACCAAUAUAAGGAGAUCAGCUCAAUUACAAAUCCAAGAAAUCGUAAAGGAGAGUUGGCCUGUAAUGGUAGAUUAGAGUAAUCCUGACUUACUGGGAUUUGGAUGCUUUGUCGGUAAAUUGCUAGUGAUUAAGUUUUCUGUGUAUUUAAAGUGAGGAUUUUGCCCUCCAUGUCAUAGUUUCUUUCAUUUUCUGACUUACAAAACAGUCAGUUUCUUACAUCAGACGGGACUGCACACCAAAAAAAUAAUAGAAGUAACACAAUAAACACUAAAUAUUGAAUGACUUAUUUAAUAAUUCUUAUUUAAUGUACUAUGUGUAAACAAUAAUGCCCAACUUCCCUCUCACAAGAUCUUGGUUAGAUUUUAAUACUACUUUGGGCUGGGAACUUUUGACUACUGACUUAUAGAUAUACAUGAUUAUUUAUUUUUAAUACUCAUAUUUAAGUUUGAGCUACUAAUCUUAAAUACUGAGAGGAACUCUUGCAAUAUAGUGUUCUCUACUCUUCUCUUCUUCGCUACCUUUUCUUUAUACGGUUUAUGAAUGAUGUAUGUUGCUACUUGUCAACUGCAGAAUUUUGAUAUUGCUUUUUACUCCUUGCCACCAUUCCCAGCUAUAAACAGUGAAAAGAAAAUUCAACAAUGCUCUUGGUUCUUCUUGGUCUGGUUUAUUUCAUCAUGAAAACCUUCCCUUAAUGCAGAGCAGUACUUUCCCAAUCUGACUCUUGUAUAGCUGAAUUAAUCUAAAAAACUCCUGUUUGUGCUGCAGUCCUUAAUAUAAAACCUGACUGUCACUAUCAUGGCACAGUCAGGCAUCUUUUUUGUAAAGCAGAAUUAACACACUUAGGGCCAUAUCAUACCACUGAUUUUUUUUUUUUUUUUUUUUUUUUGUCUGAGCAGAGUUGAUCUGAAUGUGACUUACAUUUGAAAUGUGACAAUAUAUGGCCUAUUCUGUAGUGAGAUCAAUAGCAACAGUAGUUCUUCUGAAAAAUUCCAUAUGAAAUCAUAAACUUUAUAAUAGAGAUUAACCUUAAUAAUAAAAAAAUUCACUAACGGGACCAAGUACUAAUUUUGCCCUAGAUCCCUAAUUGCCCCUUCAAGGAUUGAACUCACAACCCUGGGUUUAGCAGGCCAAUGCUCAAACCACUGAGCUAUCUCUCACCCACAGUCCUGAACCACAGUCCCCUGAUUGAAAUACACCCAAACUUCAGGAAAUUUUGAUCCAGAUUUGAAUGUUGUGGCGUGCCCUGAUCUCGGUCAUGGACUGAUCCAAAACCCUGGAUACAAACACCCCAAAACAUUGGGAACAUUUGGAUCAACAUCUAAGUCCAAAAUGUGCAGUUUAAGCCCAUGUAACACUUUACAAAUCCUCAUUGACUUCUUUGGGACUCGGCAUAGGAAUAUAGGCCUGCCCACAUGGUUUGGUAGGGCUGCAUGGGUAUAAAUACCUCCCACCCCCCACACACACUCUUUCGGUCAGCAGGAGGAUAAUGCAGCAACCCUCAACUGACUUGGCCCCAACUGCUUUCUGCCAUUCCUGUCCGUACCUGUAAACUUCCCCUUUCUCCCUAUCUGCUGAAAGGGAGCCGUUAAAGGGGCAACACCCCUUUUCCUCCAGCUAGCUGGACAAAGACCCACUUGCAUGAACGUAGCAGUAGGCACAUUAUCCCAAUAAAAAGACUAAGGAGGAAAAUGUACUCCUCCUGUGGGCCGAGGUGAGUGUCUAUAAAACUUCACUUAGCUGAAAUGCCACAGGACCUGUAGAGCAGGCAGAUAUAUAUCCUUAACUAUAUAAUAAAAUGCCAACAGUUUUUCAUAGCUCCUGUCAUUGCUUUUUGGAUUUCUGUGGGGGGUUCUUAAUGAAAACCAUGUUUUGUUUAUGUUUUAUGCUGUAAUGCUAUUCUGGACAUGUCUGCAUUGGAAAAAUUAUUUAAUUUCCUUUUUGUAAAUGAAAACUAAUGAAGUGUGGACAUGUCAGAGCACAAGUAGAUCAUGUGGGAAUACUACUUUUCCUUUACGCUUUUUAAUGGCUUGUUCUCGUGUGUACAAGACUACCUAUUGUCUUGAGAGGGGAAAAACAGCCUUCAGUAGGAUGAAAUAUUUGUCAUAAACCUGACUUUUGCUUCAGAUGUACCACAGAAUUUUACAAAGCAAAUUCCUGUUUUAUGCAGAACAGCUGAGUAAGGCCAUUCUGACCAGCAGCUGUUACUGUCAAGAAAGCCUUUUUAUUCUACACUCAUCUUAAGGUAUAUGGGGAACACAGUCGGUAAUCUCAUUGUUUUUGUGCCAAACUUGUGUUUAAAAAAAAAAAAAAGUCAGAGUUUUUGUAUAACUACUACUUUUUUUAUUAAAAAAAAAAUCCCUAUACAAAUUAGAUAAAACAUAGAAAUAUGUAUGGGCAAAGGUAGGAAGUCAGCCAUCCCAAAAAUCUGGAAGUAUCACACUGAAAAUGUGUUGCUGUUAAAAUAUCCAGAUUAGUAAAACAUCUAUUUCAUUUUUAGACUGAUGUCACAUCUCAAACAAUUUUCUUGAUGAAGUGCUGUCAAAAGUAUUUCAUUAUGGUACCCAUAUUUCUUGCAAUUUGAGAUUUUCUCCUGGACUCAGAUAUAAAACUCCUCAUUAGAUGUGAAAAUAGUUAUAGAGACUGUAUAUUGAUAGCAAAACUUCUGCUGAGCAAGUGUGGCUGGGGGAGGAGGAGGUGUGUUUCUCUCUGUCUCUCUCUUUGGAAAGAGUGAGACAGGGACUUGUAGCCAGGCAGAACUGAUACCAUUUCCAGUGUUUUUAAAAUUAUAUCAGGCACUUAGAAUUAAGAGUUCAAGAUCUGAGCAAACCUCACUCCUGUUAUGAUGUUUUAUAAGCGUUUGGUGCAUUUUCAAAUAUAUAUCCUGCAAGAUUAAUAUACCUCAAGGGCUGUUAUCUAGAAAUUGUAUUGAAAAAUGUUUAAAUCUUUAUGCUGUAGCUCAAGUAUUGCAGGUAAGAAAAUAUUUUGGUUUUGGUGUUUUUUGGCGGAGGGAGGCAGUUAAAGAUAUUUUGCUCUUUUUGAUUCAGCAACAGGACCGUAGUAAUUUGAAAAAUUACAAUUCUGAAACUAGUUGGGGAACUAUGACGAAACAUAUAGUUAUGCAAAAAAUACAGCGCUAAAAUAUUUGGCAUGGAAAGGAGUAGUACAUAACCCAUUGUUCAGUUCAGCUUAUGUCUUUUAGUGGGGAUAGAUUCCAUCAUUAGAACCUAUUAAAACUAGCUGAUUUCCUGGUGAGCUGUAUUUGUGGAUAUCACAUGCAUUUUUCAGCAGUGUUUAUGCUACUGUAAUGGACCGGUACCAUGGUGUUAAGCUGUGAUGAAGCUGCUUUCUCACCAUUAACAGAUCGGUCUUAGCCGAAGAAUUUACACAUUAGAGUCCCACAAAUAGUUUAGGAAAAGGAGUUGCAAUCAAAUGCUGUACAUUUGUGAUGUAUUUAAAAUACUCCAUUGGUAGGCUUUAUUCAGCAGAUAGCCUUAUCUUUAAGGACUGAAAAUAACCCUAUUUCCAUAAAACUGCUAUGCAUAGCUGGAAUAAAAUAAAUUAAAUCUUUGCAUUUUAUAGUUUGAAAGAAUAAUCUAAGUUAAUGUUGUCAAAGCUAUGAUUACAAUUAAAAACUCUAAAUGCUCA